GGGCCAGUAAAGCGGUCCAUUACGAAUAAGUCUUCCAUUGGUCCAAAAACGAAUACGAAUAACGAAAAUAGCUAUAGAAAUCGAAAGUCGUCAGGGUAGGGAGUGAAAAACCGAAGAUGACGAUGAAGAAAUGGGACGCGAAUCCUUCAACCUUUGAAUCGGUGUUAGAAGAACUAAAAUCAGACGAAACAAACCGUACCAAGAUCAAUUUCAUACUCUUCCUCGCCGACAACGAUCCCACCACCAACCGCAGCUGGUGUCCAGAUUGCGUUAGAGCUGAGCCUGUGAUACUCAAGACUCUAGAGGAAUCGCCGGAGGAGGUGAAUCUCAUUCGGGCUUACGCCGGAGAUAGACCGACAUGGAGGAAUCCGACUCAUCCUUGGAGAGUUGAUCCUCGGUUUAAGCUCACCGGAGUGCCAACUCUUGUUCGCUGGGAUGGAGAUUGUGUUAAGGGUCGUCUUGAGGAUCAUCAAGCUCAUGUUCCUCGCUUGAUUCUCCCGCUUCUUGCGCCCUCAGAUUCCGCUGCGCCGUCGACAUGAUUCGAUGAUGGUUUCUUACAUAUAUGAAUCUAUAAUCUUCUGUUGUUUUUUCCAAUAAUAUUUCACAACGUGAAGGAGAAUGUGACCGGGAGUUUCGGUUUCGUAUAAUUCUUGCUCGAUGUAUCGUUGCAUGUGCCAGCGUCUUGACUGAAUAAUAGACUCGCUCUAGAUUUCUGAUGGUAUAGGUUUUGUGAGGAAAUUAAAGUCCAUUGUGGAAUCUAGUGUUUUCUUUAAUGGGAUCGACGAUCAGGUUUCUUCCAUAUAUGAUUAUCUAAUCUUCUGUUGUUUCAGUCUCUAAUAAAUCAUUAACAAUGUGAAAGAAUGCGACCGGAAGUUUCGAUUUGUACGAUUUCGUAUGAUGCUUGCUCAAUGUAUUGUUACACACUGUAGCUUCUCGACUAAAUAAAAGACUCGUUCUAGA